GAACUGACCUCUGUCAAUGGUAGCUGCGAAUAAGAAAGAGGGCAAGAACGCCGGCGAUCCCGCUGCAAAGAAGAGAAAGCAGCAGGAGGAUUCCGUAUCCGCCGUAGCUGCCCGAACCACCGAGGAAUUCAACUUUCCCAGAGGUGGAGCAAGCGUCUUAACUCCACUUGAACACAAAGAGAUCAACCGCAAAGCUGAUCAAGACCUCCUGUUUUCGAACGAUGGUGGCUCUGCUGAAACACAAGGCGAAGGUGAACCCUCCGUGAAGAAGAGAAAGAAGAGUAGCGGAAAGGCGGCUAAGAAGUCAACUGAUGCUGAUACCGAACCUGACACCAAUGGAAAGGAAAAGACAAAGAUUGAGUCCUUGUCUUACAAGCGUUUGAAUGUCGGUAUGACCUUGUUGGGCUGUAUCUCCAAGAUUACAGAUUUGAACCUAGUGAUAUCAUUACCACAACAGCUUGUGGGCUCCGUUGCCAUUACUGAAAUUUCAGAUCCAAUCACCAAGGCUGUUGAAGCUGUUGCUCAGGCUGAGGAUGACGAUGAAUCCAACUCUUUGCCCGACCUUUCUGCUCUUUUCAAAGUUGGCCAAUGGGUUCGCUGCUGUAUCAUUCAGCUUACAGGCUCAGAUGAGCAGGAGGGUAUCAGUAUGGAAAAACGAUCCAAGCAAAAGAGAAAGAUUGAUCUUUCUAUCAAGCCCGAGAUUGUCAACACUGGCGUUUCUGUAAACGAUAUGACCAAGGGCAUGUCAUUGGGAAUGGCUGUCCAAAGUGUUGAAGAUCACGGUUACAUCUUGUCCACUGGAAUAGAUGGUGUUGCCGGUUUCUGCCACAACAAGGACGCAAAGACCUAUAUUGAUUCUUACAACAAUGGCAAUCCCCUUGUUGAAGGUCAAGUUAUUCAAUGUGGCAUCACCAGCGUACCAGAGAAUAAGCGAACUGUCAAUGUGUCUUUGGAUCCAUCACAAGUUGCUGAUACCACUUUUGACGAACCUUGUUCCGUCAUCAAUUCUAUUGUUCCUGGUAAUUUGAUUUCCGCCAAUGUGGCUGCCGUUUACGCAAAUGGACUUGUUGUAUCCUUCAUGGGCUUUUUCGAAGCUAGCAUCGACCUUGCUCAUCUUGAUGUUAAGGCCCAAGAUAUUGAAUCAAAAUACAAACUUGGCCAAAAGCUGAAGGCUCGAAUCCUCUUUUGCUCGUUCGGCACAUCCCCAAAGAGAAUUGGCGCUUCUCUACUUCCAAAUAUUGUUAAUUUGAAGCAAGACAAUACCCCUCUCGAUGUCCAGUUCCCUAUUGGCAUGAUCUUCGACCGAGUCAUUGUGAAGAGAGUUGAAUCCAAGAAUGGUCUCAUUGUUGAGAUUGACGGUCAUAAAGAUGUCAACGGUUUUGUUCAUAUCUCCCGCAUUUCUGAUGAUCGCGUUGAAUCCUUGAGCGCUACCUCAGGUGACUAUAAGGUCGACACCGUACACCGUGCUCGUGUCGUUGGUCAUAGCUUGGUGGAUAACGUGUUGUUGCUCAGUAUGGAACAAAGCGUUGUGGAACAGAAAUACAUGCGUGUCAGCGAUGUUCAAGUUGGUACUAUCGUUGAAGGUACUGUCUUGAAGCUCACCGAAGCUGGUCUCGUCGUCAACUUGACUUCCUCUAUCACUGCUUUGGCACCCCGAACACACUUGGCUGACAUCAAGCUCACUCAACCUGAAAAGAAGUUCAAGGCUGGAACAAAGGUGAAGGGUUUGGUGCUUGUCUCUGACGGACAAAAGAAGAAGGUCAUCAUCUCUGUCAAGCGAUCUCUUGUCAACAGUGAUCUACCAGUUUUGACCAGAUACGAAGAUGCUAAACCAGGUAUGCUCAUUCAUGGUACUAUCUCCAGCUUCCGUCCAUUCGGUUGCAUCGUCACCUACUGCAACAAUGUACGUGCUUUGGCUCCUAUCUCAGAACUUAGCGAGACCUUUGUCAAGGAUCCCUCCGAAAACUUCCAACUUGGACAAACUGUCAAGACUCGUGUUCUCUCCGUUGAUCCUUCCACAGCUAGUUUGAGAGUAUCAUUCAAGACCACGCCUUCAGCACCCAAGGAGAAGACAGCUAAGGAAGCUAAGAAGUCUACAUCCGGCAAGCCAGUUGAAAACCCUGUUGAUGCUACCAUUGUUAACACCGACGACUAUGCUCCUGGCCGCAUUACAAAGGCCAAGGUUGCCAGCGUCAAGGAAAACCAAGUUAACCUUGACCUCGCCGAUAAUGUCAAGGGCCGCAUUCAUGUCACCGAAGCGUUUAACGACUUUGCCGACAUCAAGAACCUGAAGCAUCCUCUUCGUCGCAUUCGUCAUGGUGCCACCAUUGAUGUCUUGGUUCUCGGGCUGCACAAUAGCAAGUCGCAUACAUACCUCCCCAUUACUCACAGAGGCAAAUCUCAAGCCGUCAUUGAAUGCUCUCUCAAAUUCAACCCCGAUGCAAUGGAGGUCGAUCAGGAAACGCCCAAGAAGCCCGUAGAGAUCAAGGAUCUUUCCGUUGGCGACGAGUGUAUUGCCUUUGUCAGUGAGAUUAAGAGCGACAGCUUGAUGGUCCAUAUUGGUACAAACUUGAGAGCCCGUAUUGCCAAAAUGCAUGUCUCACAAGAUGUUCAAGUUCUCAACGAUCUUAAAUCACAUUUCGUUGUUGGCCAGGCUCUCAACACCAAGGUCCUUUCCGUCGAUGAAGAGAAGAACCGUGUUGAUCUUACCAACAUCACCGAUGGCGAGAUUGUUAUUCAAAAUUACGUAACCGAUAUCAACGCUCUCGACAAGGGUGUCAUUGUUCAAGGAACCGUUACCAAGGCUGAUCCCGCUCGAGGUGUUGUUGUCAAGCUUGGUGAACAUCUUUUCGGCAAAAUUCACUUGACUGAUAUUGCUGACAAGUUCGUCCAGAACCCUGCCCAGCAGCUUGAAACUGGACAUCUGGUUAAAUGCUAUGUUCUCGCUGUUGAUAAGGAGACCAAGAAGAUCGACUUGUCUACUCGCCAGUCUAGACUUGAAGGCACUGACGAUGUCGUUGACCCAGAAAUCAAUAGCUUGGAUGACAUCAAGGCUGACGCCAUCAUCAAGGGCUACGUUCAAAAUGUCGCCGACAAGGGCUUGUUUGUCUUCGUUGGUCGUGACGUUGUUGGUAGAGUUAAGAUUUCCGAACUCUCAGAUGACUAUGUAAAGGACUGGAAGGCCAUGUUCAAGUCUGGUCAGUUGGUCACCGCCAAGGUUUUGUCUGUGAACAAGGAAGCCAAUCAAUUGGAACUCACCCUCAAGCAAAGCGCUAUCGACCCUACCAUUGGUCCCAAGAAGACCCUCUCUGACUUUACUGCUGGAGAGAAGGUCGGUGGUGUUGUUACCGCUGUCAAGCCCAUUGGUGUCUUCAUCAAGCUCGAGAACAGUGUCGUUAGUGGCCUCUGCCACAUUUCUCAAAUCUCUGAUACCACCAUCAGUGACAUCUCCAAGAUUUACUCUGUUGGCGAUCCUGUCAAAGCCAAGAUUUUGAACGUUGAUCUUGAGAAGAAGCGUAUUGCAUUUGGUCUCAAAGCCUCAUACUUUGAUGAUGAAGAUGAUAGCGGAGAUGAAGAAGAUGUUGAUGCUGAAGACAGCGAAGCUGAGGAAGAAGAUGAAGAAGAAGAAGUGGGUGAAGAGAUGGACGUUGAUGAAGAGGACGACGAUGAUGAAGACCAGAUCGAAGGUAUGGUCAACCUCGCUGACUUGGAUGAUAGCGAUGAGGAAGAAGAUGAAGCUCAAGAUAUCACCAUGGACGAUAGCGAUGAAGAAUCAGUCGAAGCUCUCCCAGUUGCUGCAGGCUUUAGUUGGACUGGUGAAACUGCUCCUGCUGCAGAAGAAGAGUCCGACGAAGAUGUCCAAGAAUCGGAUGCUGAUGAACCAUCUAAGAAAAAGAAGAAGAAGUCCAAGGAAGUGGUUGAAGAUAAGACUGCAGAUCUCUCCUCUCAAGCUCCACAAGUUGCUGCUGAUUACGAGCGCUUGCUCUUGGGCUCGCCAAACUCUUCUUACCUCUGGAUCAAUUACAUGGCUUUCCAACUUCAACUCUCUGAGGUUGAUAAGGCCCGUGAAAUCGGUGAAAGAGCAUUGAACAAGAUCAGCUUCAGAGAGGAGCAAGAAAAGCUCAACGUCUGGGUAGCUAUGAUGAACCUUGAAAAUACCUUUGGUACCUCGGAAAGCCUUGAAGCUGUCUUCAAGAGAGCUAUCAUUGUGUGCGAACCUAAGAAGGUCUAUCUUCAGCUGGUCAAGAUUUACGAACGAAGCAACAAGAUGGAUAAAGCUGAAGAACUCUGGAACCUCACCGUUAAAAAGUUCAGCCAAUCCUCCAAGGUCUGGACUUUGUUCGGCAUGUUCUAUUUGCAACAAAACAAUGUUGAGGGAGCUCGUGAGCUAUUGCAGCGAUCUUUGCAAUCCUUGCCUAAGCGAAAACAUAUCAAAACUAUUGUUAAAUUUGCUCAAAUGGAAUUCAAGUUUGGUGAAGCUGAGAGAGGACGAACCAUUUUCGAAGGUGUCAUGAGCAACUAUCCCAAGCGAGUCGAUCUUUGGUCUAUCUACCUUGAUAUGGAGAUUCGAGCGGGUGAACAAGACAUCAUAAGGUGAGAGCGAUGUUUAAUAGUGACAACAGCGUUAUUUGCAACACAUAUUAACAUCUUACCCCUGUAGACGAUUGUUCCAACGUGUGACCAGCAUGAAGCACUCUUCCAAGAAAAUGAAGUUCUUCUUCAAGAAGUGGUUGGCUUAUGAAAAGGAUCACGGUACAGAGAAGGAUAUAGACGAAGUCAAGAAGAGAGCAUUAGCAUAUGUUGAAUCCAUCAGUUCAUAGAGAAAAUCCCACCAGAAUUUCAUUUUUCAUAAUAAUUGUACCAUAAAAAGUCAUUUUCAUCAAUUUCAUCAUCACCCGAGUUG